AUGAUCCAUCCCACAGCUGUAGUCCAUCCAAACGCCAGGCUUGGCCACGACGUCCACAUUGGCCCGUACUGCACCAUAGGGCCUGAGGUUUCACUACACGAUAACGUUGUCCUCAAGUCGCAUGUUGUGGUCGAAGGCGACACCACCAUUGGUGAAAACACGGCAUUGUUCCCCUUUGCGUGCAUUGGUGGCCCACCACAAGACAAAAAGCACGUGCCGGGGGGGCACUCGGCCCUUGUGAUCGGCAAGAACUGUCUCAUUCGGGAACAUGUCACGAUUAACUCCGGCACAAGCUUGGGUGCAGGCACAACGCGAGUCGGCGACGAGUGUUGGAUAUUGGCUGGGGCCCACAUUGGCCACGAUAGUCAAGUGGGCUCGCGGGUCGUCUUGUCCAAUAACGUGUGCCUGGCAGGCCACGUGACCAUUCAAGACCUGGCGAUUGUAGGUGGCCAAGUUGGCAUCAAGCAGUUCGUUCACAUUGGGAGUCUAGCCAUGAUUGGGGGCAAAAGUGCAGUCGAUGGCGAUGUCCUGCCAUUCGGGUUGGUUAGUGGGAAUCGAGCCAAGCUCGUAGGGCUCAACCUGAUCGGGCUGCGGCGCUUGCAAGCGUCUCGAGCGCAUAUCAAGGAAAUGCUGCAAACCUAUCGCUACAUUUACAAUCUGCACGGGAACCACUUUGCUCCACCACUGCCGUUGCCACCGCAUAGGACGCAAAUGGAGCGCGCCGAGGAAGCAAGAGCAUGGGCGUCGCCAUCAAAUGCCAUGGUCCAGUCGAUGAUUGGCUUUGUCCUGUCGGCAUCCACGCGCCACCGAUCGGCGCUGUGUCCUGCCGCCACUUAG